CCACCACUCAGUUCAUAACCGUUCAGACUAUUUAAGCGGCUUCUUUGAGUGUUGUGUUACAGUAAGUGCUAUCUCAGAUCAUACAUCAGUUAGCUGACCUUUGCUAACGUUUACAGUAAACAUUUGUCCAAGACGUCGAUGUAUCUAUAGGAGCUUCAACUAUUGUUCUUGUCAAGAUUUCGAGAUUUUUAAAGAUCACUAAAUUGUCUACUCAGGCAGAGGAUUUAUGCCUUAAGACAUACAGGAAUUUCUGUAAUCCCGUCUAGACGGGAUUACAGAAAAAUCGUCUACAGCUGUAGACGAUUUUUUAAGUAUUUCUGAUACUCUGAUUGGAUGGUUUGCAUAAGGUGGAAAAUGACAGAGUUUUUUGGAGCUGUAGUCUAUUGAUUACAACUAGGAUGAAAUACCGUUCACCCUCCAUACCAUACCUUCUUUGAAUAAGAGUCCCCAUUCAUAUCAUCAACUUUAACAUCGACCCCGAAGUUUUUCAGUGGUGGUUCCGCGUUCAGGUAUGAUCUCCCCUAGUUGACCAGAAGAAAGCUCGAAGCACCCGAACUAGGACGUCUUAUCAGUCCGUGAAAUCAUGUGUAGUCAGUUUUGGUCUUGUUGGCAGUUUCGAACUCCCUGCCUAGGUUUAGCAUGGUUAUCGUAUCCGGUGGUUAGAUGCGUUCGAUGACAUGGCUCAGUACCGAUAUCAUUGGCGCAGAUGCAUUUACUCUAUCUUCUUUGAGAUACUAGGUUUCAAACUAUUUUGUGCUUUCUUACUUAACGAAUUCAUCUUUUCUGGGGUUGUGUUAUUUGUUUUCUAAUCUUUUCUGCUGUUCUUACUACUACUCUAGGAUUCGUUUUGACGUUUCCAUCUAGCUGUUAUUGUGAUGUAGCAACUUAACCCGUUUGACAUAUAGGCCAACUUCCACGGUGUGUGUAACUGACCGACUAGGACCUAGAGGAGAUAUUUUCACGAAAUCGUUAUUUUGAUCUUUUCCUUCAGUGAAAAAUUGGUGAACUUGCUCUGAAACAGUGGCUAGAAGAGUAUUCUCUUUUAAUCGAUGUAGAGUGGUAGCACCGGAUAUUUUUUCAUCAAACUAGUAGCAGUACUGCUGUAUUCAACUGACCGGGGAACAUCCUUACGAUGAAUACAAACUACCCUCCAUCUCGUCUUCAAGUAUCAAGUUUGUCAUGUAAAAAUAAGUGUGGCUUUUAUGGGAAUCCUUCAUGGGAUGGAUAUUGUUCCGUGUGCUAUCGCAACGCUCAUCAAAGACAAUCGAAUUUUCGUCAGGCUUCCUCCACUUCAUCACUUUCAACUCCAAAUUCAGAAGUAGAGGUUAAGCCUAAACAUAGCACUGGAAGGAAUACAACUUCUAUCAAAAAUAUAUUUAAGGUUCCUCGAGAUGAUAACCGGGACCAAAUUUCAGUGAACCCAGAAGAGUGUUUACAAGCCGAAAAAGAAUUUAAAACAUUUCUAAACACCCUUCGAGCCUCUGCAAAUGCCGACAUUUCCCGCCAUGUUUCAAAGCUUAUGGAACAGUUGGAGCCUAUUCGAAGUUCAAAUAUUAAUCAAGCCUCAAUGAUUGUGCAAGACUUUUAUCACAACCUUUCAAACCGUAUUUCAAAUAAUCCUAUGUAUUCAAAUUUGUCACCAAAAACCAAAGAAUCUGUUUUAAACUCAGUUGAACGUUUCGUUACAACUUGGAUUUAUUUUUGGGCUUUUGCUUCACCUACAACGGAUGAUGAAGAAAUAGAUUUGAAAUUACAGGAAAAAAUUCGAUCAUUGCAUUGGGUAACUCCCUACUUGCUUGAUUCACCGAUUAAUCCUAAUUCGUCAGAGGAACUUGCCCAUUUAGAUCUAGCAACAUUUGCUCUUAUCAAAGUGAAUACAUUACUUGCAUCUGAAGAUAAAUUAAAUCAAAUAGUUCAAUGUUGUCGUAGUGUAUUCGAUGCAUUAAGAGCUCACUAUCGAAAUUAUGCCGCUAUAACACAACAAUAUUUAUCUAACAACGAUAAUAAUGAUAAAAGCCCAACACCUGAUUAUAUGCCUAGUCAAAAUGAAAAUAACAAUUCAACUCAUGUACAAAAUAAUGUCAUGAAUAACUCUGUGAAUAUAACUAAUAAUGUUGUAUUUGAACAAGAAGAUACCGCUAAUGCUGACGAUUUUUUACCGACACUAAUUUGGAUUGUACUGAAUUCAAAUCCACCAUUAAUCUAUUCUAAUUUACAAUUUAUUAUGAGAUUUGCUAAUCAGAAUAGACUGAAUAGUGGUGAAGCUGGUUAUUUCUUCACGAAUUUAUCGUGUGCUGUUCACUUCCUGAGAAAUCUAACUCAUGAGUCAUUAAGUUUAUCCGAGGAAGAUUUUAGUCGAUGUAUGCGAAAAGGAUUAUUAUUAAUCAGACGUCCUGGUGAACCAUUAUCAGAAAACGAAAAAUUAUUAAUGGAUAAUGGAAUUCGUCUUGCGGAUUUAGAAGAUAGCCUAAAUGAUUUAAAUACAAAAUUAGAAUCAGCUGAAUUGGAUAUGAAACGAUUUCAUGAAUAUUUUCAUCAUGAAAUAAAACAAAUACGAACAAAUAUUCCAUUGAAUGUACGUAUAGAUGAUUUAGAUUCACGUCAUUUAGAAAAUCCACAUAUUUUAUUAUUAGGUCCAUUAUGUAAAUCAAAUCGGCAAAAUGAGUCAUUACUAGACUGUGAUUUGGAUGAGACUACAAAUCGUCUAUUACCAGAUCCCAUACAACCGACUCCAUAUGUUGCUGUUGAUCAUUGUAAAAAAAGUGUAUAAAUCCAUAUACAUCUAUUUACUUAUUUAUAAGUUUUUUUUUAAAAAAUAAUAUUAACUUUUAAUUUUCAUUGAAUUUUAAUUUAAAAAGAACGUUUAUAUUUAUUUCGAAAGGUUUUUAUGGAUGUAUAGUGUAAACAAUCAAUAAAUUAAUGUAUAUUAAACUA